GCUGUAAAUACAAGUUAAUUUCCCUGAUUGUUUCCAUAUCCUUGUCUUUUAUCUGGAUGCUGUAGGAUACACAACGACUCUGAAACUCUCCAUCAGUGCCGAGAAUGGAAGUGAAGUUGGAGGUUUUGUUGUCGUCCAGCAUCAAGCGCAGAAAGCCGUGGCCCAGAUUCUGCUGGCUUGGCAGGGAAAAGGAGGGUGUAUUUCUAUUAGAUGACAAUCGGAUCAGCGAAAUACAUUUGGUUUCGGGACGGACCAAAAAGAAGACCCCAAAGCUCCAGCCGCUGUUGCAGACGGUGGUGACCAUGUCAGCGUCUCCGGAUGGCGUGUGGCUGGUGGGUCUUCUGAUCUCUGGAGAACUGUUCCUGUGGAACAAAGACAAGGAUUCGGUGAAGACGGUGUCGGCUGUUCCUGAGGUUCAUCAGCUGCUCUCUUCCACCCGAGGUUUAGCGACUGCAAUGCGGCUUUCUCUGCUUGUUUCGGAGAAGGCGCACAGAGUUUUCCUGGCCGCUGUCACAGGACCGGUGUUCCUCUGGGAAUGUUCUUCAGCUCAGGAUCUGAGCGGCCCGCGGGACACAACAGUCCCGGGACGCUGGAGUCAGAUAUCAGACCUCCCAAACAUUCAGCUGCCCUCCACAACAGACAAAGAGGCUUCGGUUCAUAGUGUGUUUGUGAAGAACCAGGCUGUUGGAGAUGUGUGUCUGAGUGCAUUCGUCUUCGUUGCUGAAGUGCAGCUCGUUGUCACCUUUCUGAAGAUCCAGUGGGACUCGACGUGGGACAACAAACUCAGUUCGGCAGGUUUCAGUGUCGGCUGGGUCUCUCAGUCGUUCCCGCUCAACCAGCUCCAGCCUCCGUGUAAACCGGUGAAGUCCAGAGGCGCUCUGAUCCCAGCCUUCUCUCCAGACGGUCGACUCCUCGCCGUCGUCCUCAACCAGAAAGACCCGCAGGCGACGCAGGUGCUGUUCGUCAGCACUCAGAACUUUGUGACCGUGUCCAGUCUGUUGGGAGGAUGUGGUGUUAAGACGCUCAGUAUACCAGCAAAAUAUGUGAGGUCGUACUGGGCCGCUUCUGUGAGCUGGACUCCUGAAGGGCUUUAUCUGGCCUGUGUGCUGAAGAGAGGCUCUCUGCUGAUGCUGGCUCGUCUCGGGGGACUCGUCUCUCUGUCCACAACAGGAUGCAGCGUUGAGUUCAGUGCCGCCCACUUCCUGCCUCUUCACCCGCUGGUCACCUUCAGAGCUCCAGAGGCGUUGCAGACGCAGGACGUGUCCAGCUCCAGCAUGUCGCUCCGAGACCUCAUGAGACAGCGCUUCUCCAUCACGGUGCAUCCUCGUCAGCCGCUCCUCAUCGUGUCUGACGGCUACAUGGUGACUGUGCUGCGGAUGAGCGAGCGUCCGUCUGCUGCGGCUGUGAUGAGCGCCGCCCUGCUGGACGCUGCGCAGGGGCUGGAGCACAUACAGAGGGUCCUGGGCUCGUCUCAGCCUGAGUUCAGGUCCUGGCUGGAGUCCAUGUCCCCUCUGACGUUCACAGGAAGUCUUCAGCCUCUUCUAGAGAAAGAAACGCCGCUGUCUUCUCUACUUCUGUACCUGCAGGAUACAGCAGACCUCACACAGUACACUGAGAGAGCUCAGGAUGAGGAAGACCAUGAUUCUGAUGAAGGUCUGUACAUCUGUUCACGCACUGAAGACGGAGGCCAGCUGGAGUUUGCGUCUAUGUUUGACACUCUUCACGCUCCAGAGCCGUCGUCCUCAGGUCUGCAGGGCGAUCUGGACCGGGUUCACAGGAGCCUCACGAGAGCCUGGGCUCUGGGCGUUUCUUUGGGCGGCUCUGUCCAGCAGAGAGAGCGUCUCCUCAGGUACACCGUCCUCUGUGUGGCUCGCCUCGUGAGCCUCCUCCAGGUCAGGAAGAGCAGGAGCACGUGGGUCACUCACGCCCUUCACACCCUCGAGACGCUGCUGUCGUUUCUCCCGUGGGACGCCGAGCGCACCGCAGGACGAGGCUGUCUGGGCAUCACUGUAGAGCUCACUAGAUGCUUUGUGGACAUGUUUCUCCCGCUUUCCUCUUCCGAUUUAAGACUUUCCUCUCAGAACUUUAGCGCAGCGCUCGUCGUCCUCCAGCGAGCGUCUCGGUGUGUGGAUCAGACCUACAGCCUCCCGCCGAGAGCAGUGCAUCAUGGGAAGGAAGGCCAGCUGACAUAUUCCUCUGACAUGUUUUCUGUCCCACUGUUACAAGACGAUGCUGAUGCUGAUGCCGAGACAGGAACACAAACCGCACCUUCUAAUAGAUUGGUGGUGAUCUGGCGUGAGGUGUACAAAAGGGCUUUGCGGUUCCUGGAGGAAUUACAUCACCGCAUAGACGUAAAAAAUGAGCUGGAGAAGAUGUCAGUUAUCAUUCCUCAAAUCCAGCAAGCUUUACAGUCAGCUGGAGACCGUCUCGAGGAGAGCCACACACUGCGGAGUUUCAGCGGUGAGCAGCACUUUAUUUUAGGAGAAUAUACAGAGAGCGUUCAGGUUUGGAGGACUCAGCUGAGGGCAGAGAGACAGAGAGUCGGUCCGAUGACGUGUUUCCUGGAGACUCGCUGCGGUUUGGCUCUUCUCUACACGCUGCUCUUCCAGUAUCGACUGCGAGAGGCUCAGGGUCUGUGUGACCGUCUGGCGCUCCAGUUACACACACCAACAGGACGACAGGAAGAGGAAACGCAAGGAGAGGCUGAUGAGGGUCUGGUGGGGCGUGAAGCGGCCUGUGCUGUGGUUCAGUCUCUGGGCAGGUUUAUGGCUGCGUACUUCACCAACCGUCCGCUCUUCAUCCUCCCACCACACAACGUCGACGUGCUGCCUCCUCUUCACUUACCACACGAUGCUAGUGGACGUGUGGUGGAGUUGUGUCAGACUCGUGUAUCGCAGGCGGUGCGCUCCGAGCAGCUCUCGGCUCUGUGGACAGUGGAUUACGCUCUGGAGCUGCUCCUGCUGGGAGGAUUGAUGCCCGAGGCCUCGUGGAUGGCCCUGCGGCUGGGAGACUGGAAGAUGGCAGCCGUUCUCGGCUUGGCCUACAGCAACUACUGCACUGGACACUUCGACCUCAGCAGCCUGCGUUGGAGAGAGCUGCACCUUCCCACCGAGCUGAAGCCUGCAGUGAUAUUCCAGGAUCAGCUGGAGAUGUUACUGGACCGAAUGAUUGGCUCUGAAGCACAUGCUAACACAGGCACAGUGUGUGUUGAGGACAUGGAUCUGGUUCAGGACUCUGUGCAGGAGAUCCUGAAGGCGUCUGUCAUGGCGGAGGUGGACAUCAUCUCUCAUCCUCUAACACGACUUCUGGAUGCAGCCAAAGAGCGAGCGAUGUCACUUCCUGCUCUGGUUCCUCCUGCGUUCUACCUUCCUGCUCCUCCGCUGUACUGUCCACAGCCUUCACCGAACACACAGGACUCUGUGAGAGAUGCAGCUCUGGUUCUGGAGAGGGAGUUUCGCUGCCAGGUUUCUGGGCUGGUUGAGAAGGUUUUGAUGCUCUUCAGAGCGGCACACAGCUCUCGGCCUGCGGCGCAGUGGUACAUCAGCAACCUGCAGCGCUGCAGACACCUACAGCACAAGAUCUGGAAGAAAGCGUCUGAACACAAAGCAGAAUUGGUUCCUGAUGGACUGAGGAAAUUUUCCACCCAUCGUGGGUUCUUCCAAUCAGGGCCCAGCAAAGACAUGGAUAGUGUCACUACGCAAAUCAUAAUAUGUUUUCGUGAGUUGUGUGCACUUUGCUGGAUGCUCCAUGUGAGGGACCAGCUCAGCGUUUCCUGUAGAAGGUACCAGGCUGCAAGGCAACAGGAGAAAGACACUCCGGUCAGUGUGUCAGAUCUAUGUGUUGAGGCUCUCUGUUGGGCACGCCGCCUCCUGCCGUUCUGCCAUUUCCUGAACUCAGAGGAAGCCCUGCAGGACUUAGUGCUCAGCCUGGUGUCUGAACUGCCGCCUAGUCGUGUGACGGCAGAAACUCUAGCGAAAGUGUUUCCUGACGAGACAGAGUCUGUUCGCGUGCCGCUGCGGGAUAAGUACACGUCGCUGGUGCAGAGACUGAGACCCGUGAUAGUGCCAGACACCUUGACUCCAGGCAAGAGAAGCAUUAGGGAAGAUGAGGGCGGCGAUACCAUGAUGAUUCUGAUCCAGGAUCAGCUGAGGCAGCGACGCCGGGAGCUUCGGCGUCUGGCAAAGUACCUGGGUGCACCGGAGCCAUACCUGUGGGAGAGAGAAGAGGAGGAGGACAGAGGAGGUGCUGCCUCCAUACUGAAGCGCCUCUCUCUCGGGACUAGUUUGAGUGACAGCACACUGACGGACUGUGGGCGCCCCCUAGUGUACAGUGAAGGAGACACGGCCGAGACGCUGUCUGAGCCUCUUUCCCCCGAGCUGCAGAACAAAUCUGCACACAGCUCUAAGACUGCUAAAUUUCAGGAUGCACCUGAGAAAUCAACACAAGAAAGAAAAGGAGAUAAUAGAUCCUGCACACUGGAACCCAAAGCACCAGACUCGACUGUACCCACAGUGGGAACCUGGGAGUUUGAGCUGGAGGAUGAGGAGUACGUGCUCUUCCUAGAUUUGUUCCUCAGCUACAUGCUGGGAAAAGACAGACUGGACGCUGAGGAGUCCGAGCUGCCUUUACUAAGUGCUUUCUCACAACAGCUCCGUACUAGAGAGCUGCACUCGGUGACCUUUGACAUGCUGACCACUCUCAAACGCCGUCAGAAGGAUCGGAAACGAAGUGCGCAGUUACCUCUCUUCCAUGCCGGUCACUGCUUCCGAACUCUCCCGGAUGCUCCCAGACCUCCGUCGUCCAUUCAGUUCGACGCUCGUUCUACGUCCCCUUGGGCUCUUCCUGGACUCCAUACUGGGAAACAUCAAGGUCUUUUUGCCCUUCGUCGACAGGCUUCCUUAAUGUCCAAAGAUGUCACAGACGUGGAGUCGACAGUCUUUAAGAUCCUCUCUCAGGAUGAAUUAGAUGUUCAGAUGGAGCUGGACUCCUCUCUCGAGGCCCGGUUUCCUCAGCUGGCCCGGCUGCUGGAGUGGAUGGUGCGUUGGGCCGACCGGCGGGUUCUGCUCUCUCAGCCAAUCAGAAAGAGCUCAGAGGGCUCCGGUGAUUCGGUGGUCAUCAGGGUCAAAGCUUCGACCCCUGCAGUGCUGACAGCGCUGGAGCUGCUAAAGUGGAGGUACAGCGCCGCCCUGCUGGGAGAAAACUCAAAUCACUCACAUUCUAAGUUCGUAGGGCUUGAGCUGUCAGAAACCCCCGGAUCACACCACCACAGGGACUUCAGCACAAAUGUGAAACGGACUCUGAACUCUCCUGUGCUCCAUCAGAGGGAGGAGCCUGUCGCUCAGCCAAUCAGAGAAAGCAGUGUGGACACGGGUUACCCGGGGUCAGCAGGGACGCCCAUCACACUCCCAGAGCUGGACGUCCAAGAUGCGCGUGAAGCCGAGGAUGUGGUGUAUCCGCUGUCUGAACAUGAAGACACAGAGAUGAUGAUCGGAGACAUCACACAGACGUCUGCAGCUACAGACGUGGUUUUGUUUACAGAUGAGAGCAGCGCCGCUGAUGUCACCGAGGCAUCAUGGGCCAAUCAGAGCAGAGCUCCCAGAGAUCAGGCAUUAACCCUCGCUGAUCUACAGUGUCCAGACACGGAUGAACAUUCAUCACAAUCACUAUCGGAGGAAAAACACGGCUCCUGUGCUCCGCUGGACAGACCUGAGCUCGCAGCUUCAGCCGGCGUACAGCAGACAGACGCACUGUCAUUACCCAUGAUUCCCGGCGCUGAAGUCCCUCACAUUGAGCCCCAAGCGCAGACAGACGGCGUCAGACAGCUGCUCCAGGACGAGCUCUUCAGAUUAGUGCAGCUUCAGCAAAUCAACUUCAUGAGUCUCAUGCAGGUUGUUGGAGCGUCUUUCUCAAACCUGCCGCUGUCUCAACCCAACCUGCUUCAGUCCACACCUGCACAGCGCCAGUCUCAGCCCGCCUCUUUUACCCAGAAUGCCCAGCACACCAACCUCCCGACACAAGCCAGUGGACUGGAAAGGGUUAAUAACAACCAGGAUUUCCUUCCUGUGAAUGUGAAUUGUGGAUCUGAUCUGAAUCCAGAACAGAGAAACCCAACUCGCAAACCUCAGGAAGUGCAGCAGUUGAGCGUGCGCUCUGAUUGGCCGGAGGAUGGAGGAUCUCGUGGCAGGAGUUUGAUCCCGACGUCUCGUGGUCUCCUGAGCACCGCUGUGGAUCAGGCGUCUCUGCACGGACUCAGACUCCUGCAGCUUCCUGUGAGAGAGGCCUGGGGUCCGAACCUCCCCCCCGCUCCGCCUGACCCCUCGUGUGUCCAGAGAGCAGCCUCAGCAUCCAUCAGCAUCCAUCAGACACGCCGCUGUAUCGCUCCUGCUCUUCCUCUGCUUCGCUUUCACCCAGAUCCCCAGCGGCCCGUGACGCUGCCUCGUAUCCCACAAUCCACUGGGGCAAACCUUCCCAGAAUUCAGCUGCUGCACAGAGAGCCGGAUCCACCCGCCGCUGUUGAGCGCUUCAGCAGGGCUCCGGUACGAACAGCUCGUCUCAUCCCGCUGCAGGAGCUGUUGAGACGGACCCCUGCGAUGCAGAUGGGUGCCGAGACCAAACUACAGCUCUUAAAGACCAACCGAGUCCCGGAGAACAAGAGCACAAGCAGCCCGUCCAUCAAGAGACGGAAGAGGAGAGAAGAGAAGAAGAAGGAGGAGAAGAUUGCGGUCACUUUCAGAGCGGAGGACUCCAUCAUUCCUCCGGAGGAGCCCAAAACUGUAUUUGUGUAUUAUGUGCCAGAUCAGAACGACGGCUACACCUUUCCUUCAGGCUCGUUUGACUCAGAGUUGACAGGACAGCGGUUGUUGGACAAAGCUUGGGUCACCUCGGCUGAGCUGCAUGCCUUCGCCUCCACGCAGAAGAGAGCUCCAGAGAUCCAGGACGCCUGCACAAACACUGAGGAACCGUCUCGCCCCUUCACAGAGGAAGCCGUUCCCGUCCAGCUGCCUUCAUCUCCCAGCAUGCCAUCUGCUCCUGGAGGAGGGCUGACAGAUGUGGCUCCUGGCGUUCCUCCAGAUGUUUUCUUGAAUCUUCGCUACUCUAAAGAAAAAUCAUUCGAUCCGGAGAACAGAAGUCCUGUGGAGUCUGACGUUGAUCUUAAUCCAGAGGGACGAAGGUUCAUCAACGUGAUCGAUCUCACAGACGACUCUCUGCUUCAGGAUCUGCCCUCAUCUGCUCAGCUCCACCUACUAGCAGCGUCUGUCGUAAACCCCGCCCACACACCUGUCUUAAGCCCCGCCCCUAACCACGCUGAGCACUUGAUUGAGAGUCCGGCUGGAGAGAAUCCAGAUUCCAGAUUUUCAAAUAGUUGUAUCUCAGACAUCAAUGGAGAGAUGAUUUGUUCAGGUCCCUCGGUAGUGUGCGAGUCUCCUGAAGCCGUUCUCGGUGGAGACCCCGUGUCUCUGAGCGUCCUGAACGUUGUUCGGUCGCCUCCUCCGCCCGCUCUGGACCGGAUGCUGAUGUCCAGGAGUCAGAUCUCAGCGCGGCUCUCAGAGAUGGACGCUCAGCUGCUCAGACUCCAGAGCAUCGCCGAUCACAUGGACCGAGAGUUCGCCAGCACUCGACUGCUGGUGAACACUAUCGAGACACUGAGUCCUUCAGCGAUGGAGAAGAAACCUCAGUCCAGCUCUCUCAGAGUCAUACGAGAAGUGAGGAGUUCCUGUCCUUCACCGCAUCGGUUUGGAGCGACGACUGACCGAGAGAAAGAAGAUGAGGAGGUCCUGUCUUCUUCUGCAUUGAGCCGAGGUUCAGUCCAUCACGAGGGCUUUCCUCCGACAGUGAAACUGGAGCCGCGUGAGCGAGAUACUGAUCCUGAGUCUUUGCUGGAGGAGGAGGAGACUCUCGGUGUCAGCGGCCUCAGUGAUGUUAAAGACAUUCUGUGUGAGUUAAUCAGGGACGGUGCUUUAUCCCGAUCAGCGCUGGAUCUGUCCCGAUCAGGAACGCUUCAUCGCAGCAGGUCAGAGGUCGAGCCGAGCGGAGCCAUGAUGGAGGAGGAGCGCAGGGAUCUGAGGAUGUGGAUGAGGAGGAAACAGAGAGAACGACUGAUAGAGUACAGAAAACGGAGAGAAGAGAAGAGAGAGAGAGAGCGCAGACCCUACAUCUCUCCAGUUAAACACAAUCCGACGUCUGUGGAUCUGGCAACCAGCAAGAGAACCAAAGCAGAGCGAGACAGGCUGCUGCUUCAGGAGCAUCAUGAGCGGAGAGCGCGUGACGCCUGCGGUCUGAUCUCUGAGCUGCUCACCUCGCCCUUCAGCCUUCCCACAAUCCCACAGCAGAGCCUCAGGACCACCGCUCAGUCCUCAGGGAAAAAGAAGAGGAUUCCCAGGAGUCAGAGCGGACCGCAGGCAUCUCUGGGGAAAACCGUCACGCUUCAGAGGAAACCUGCUGCCAAAACACACGGCUCUCUGAGCAGCAGACUCGGCCUGCACAGACCAGCCAGCGCUCUUCCGGCCGAUCGGUUAUCCCAGGUCACUCGCCGCGGGAUGCUGUCUGACCCCAAAACCAGACCAGAGAAGAAGACCACCCAUCAGACAGAACAGAGAGCAGUGAAAGAGAGAGAUCAGACGCAUGAGAGAGACAUCAGAGCGGAACCCAACUGCUCUCGUCUCCAGGGCUGUGAGGAGCUGCAUGAGGAUGAGGAUGAUGAGGAUCUCCUGCGUGGGCUGGAUCUGGACGCUCUUUCUCAAAGCAGCGGCAGCGUCCUGAGCAAACUGGACUGGGCGGCGAUCGAGAGGAUUGUGUCCGAGCAGCAAUGAACGACCAGCUGCUGCUGACUGUGUAUCUGUGUGUGUGUGUGUGUGUGUGUGUGUAUCAUAUGUGCCUCGACUGUUUGAGCAGAAUAAACAGGAAUCUCUGGCA